CUUCGGUCCGCCUUUUCAGAGUUUAUACGGUUUCCAACUUGAGUUGUGGACUUGAGAGAAGGAUGGGUCAAACGGAAAGCGUAGCAGCGGCAUCGUCUACGAACGAUCUACCACAAAGCCGGAAUCCGUCUCCAAGUCCAGUCUCCGGUUGUUCUUCUGAAUCUCCCUCCAUGGAGUCUCUAAUUGCAGAAGCUGCAGCUUAUGGCAAUGAAGCAAAUGAGUCUCUUGAGGCCAAAGCUAACAGAGCGUUAGAGUGCCCCUGCAUAGCUGACUUGCGUAAAGGUCCAUGUGGGGUCCAAUUUUCUGAUGCUUUUCUUUGCUUCUUCAAGAGUACUGCAGAGGAAAAGGGAUCGGACUGCGUGCAUCCUUUUGUGGCUUUGCAGAGCUGCAUAAAAGCAAACCCUAAUGCAUUCUCAAAGGAUGUAUUGGAUGAAGAAGAAGAAGAAGAGGAAGAGGAAAGGGAAAAGCAGAAGGCUGAAGAGCCAACACAAGAUUACAGAAUCAUUCCUCCUUCAUGGUCUAGAGAACCUCAAGCUCCCAAGUCCAAGCUUUAGCUCAAACCAUGAGCUUCCAUUUUGUCUGCCCUGGUAUGAAUGAUUAUUAUGAUUAUUUUAUUGGGGAUGAGCCUACAUUCUUCAAAUAAAUAUGUUUGAAAAUCUGCUAGUUACAUUGUAGCAAAUAUUCCUGAUUUUUAAAAGGUAAAGAGUAGACAUGAACUUUAC